AUGCUCAACCUCAUCAGACCUACCCUCAUGGGCACUGCCCUCUCCCUUCCUACCGCCUCCUCCAGGAUCGCAGUGAGGAGCUUUAGCGGAUCAAUGGUCGCUCUCAAGAAGAAGGUUAUUGACCCUACCCUCCCCGUCCCUCCCAAAAACCCUCCCUCAGCCUACACCCUCUUCUUCAAGCAAUACGUACUCGACCCAUCCAACCACGUCCGUAACUCAGAUGGUAAACUAGAUAUGAAACAAGUAGCAACUGCAGCAGGUCAAGCAUGGACCAAUCUCCCCUCUUCAUCCAAAUCUCCUUACGACACCGAAGCCUCCUCUUUGCGAAAAGAGUACGAGAGUGCGUAUAGGAAAUUUUGGGAUAGUACUACGUCCGAAACCAGACGUGAGAUUGAAAGUGUCACAGGAAAGAAGUUGAAAGUACCAGGUGGAAAGAAAGCUUAUCAGAAGAGUGUUUCUGAAAGAUCGGGUAAUCCAGGUAAACCCCUUACACCCUAUUUGGCAUUUACAAAGGAGUUGAGGGACCAAAGUAAAUUGGAUAUCCCAAGUGAUUUGACUCCGAGAGAAGCGUUCUUGUAUGCUAGUAAAGAAGCGGGAAGACUCUGGAAAGAACUUGGAGAGGAAGCUCAACAGACCUACAAAGAUACCUAUGCAGCUGCUAAAGCCAAAUGGGAAGAAUGGAAAGUUACCCAAAAGGAUCUUUAA